AUGAAUCACGACACGUACUCUGGGCGUUACACGCCAACCUCGCCGUUGUCUCCAAGACUCCAUGCCAGCCAGCAGCCACUCUCGCCUCAGCCGACACGGGGUCGACCCGCACCACAUGCCCGGCAACCUUCCAGGAAUCUGCACAUGACGCUUCCUCGGUUUCAUCCUGCCAAUUUCGGCCACCUCGACUCACCAGCCACACCAUCUUCCUCCGUGCAGAGCCCAGCCAUUGGAUUGAAUCGGGUAACGCAACCCGUCGUGAUGGAGUCACCAAGACUGAUGCGUGAAAAGCAACGCGAGUUCAUCGAAAGGACUACGUUGUCGGCCAAGAUCGCGGCCUCCUCGAUGGGCAUCAAGCCUGGUGCACCACGAUUGGAUCCGUUGGGCAGCCCCAAAGGACCCGUCACGCCUCUGGCUCUCGAGGAAGGCGAUGACUACUUCCAAGUUGCCGGAGCAGGCAAAGUUUCGCCAGCAGGAAGCCCAGGUCCGGCAAGAAGUCCGCGGAGUGACGGCUCGCCAGAUAAGGAGGAAUCGAAGAAGAACAAGAAGGUCAGACAAGCUGAUGUCUAUCAAUGA